CUGCGCCGAGGGCUGGCCGCCGAGGGGCGUCGGCGCCCACCCCGCCCAGCCCGCCUGUGCAACCCGGCGCGGACCUGCGCGCCUAGUGCCUGCCGCUCGCGAUCGCCUCCUCCCGCCUCUCAGCGUCUAGCGCUCUUCUGCCUGCCUAUUUUAAGACACUUGCUUUGGCUGUCCUCCCCGCCCCCCUCCCGGGAAGAGCUCCAGGUGCGUGUGUGCAGUGUGCGCGCCUGUGUGUGCGCGCGGUGCGGGGAGCGCGCGCCGCCCCCGCCUGCCGGCCAGGCCUCGGCUGACCGCUGCCCCCGCCGAGCCCGGCGCUCUGGGCAUGCCGCGCUCCCGAUCCGGCUCCCAUCGCCAGCACCUAGCCGGCCGGCACGUCCUGGUCUGUUAGUAGAAAGAAGUGGAGACCUCACCGUGGCUCCCGAGACUGCGGACCCCAGAACCGCGCGCCCCCCAGCAUCUGGUUGCCUUCUUCCCUCCCCAUCUGGACUUCCGGAGGCCGUUUCCCGAGGACCAGGGCAUCCCUCGCGUUCCUUAGGCUCGCAGCCCGCGCGCUCCAGCACCCGGAGUGAGGGCCAGCGGAGCGUGACUGCCGGUGCGGCCGGUCCUCGGGCAGCCGGCCCGGUGGUGGCUCCUGGAGCCGAAUACUCGGGCACCGCGGCGUUCCUCCCCCAGGUCCCUGGCGACGCGCAGUGUUCGGGGAGUCUCGAGGACACGCGUUCAUCAAGUGUUUUGUCUUUUGCCUCCUGGAUGCCUAACUUCCGAGUCUGUUCCAGUUAUUAG